AUGUUGCAGUCACUGUGCGACUACAUUUUUGGCGUGAAGUUCCACGUGACGGGUGAUACGAUAAACGCGAAUGAGCCGGCACUUAUCAUAAUGAACCACAGGACUAGGCUUGACUGGAUGUUUUUCUGGAAUGCUCUCUAUAAAAUGGAUCCAUGCUUGCUUACCACUGAAAAGAUCGCACUGAAGAAACAGCUGGAACACAUUCCUGGCGCAGGUGUGUGCCGUUGUUUUUUUGCUUUCCUGUGA